UCGUCAGCAUCGGUCAAUCUGCCGUUGGGUGAUGGCCGUUCCGCAAGCCGUCGCCGCCACCUCUCGUGAUCCUGCGGUGCGACAAUCCACCCGGCGGCCGCAAGCGAACUGACCCUGGUCGUUCCGUCUCUUCGGCGGACGUCGCUCCUCGGAUGCCGUUCCCGUGCCUGGAUGCCGCUCCGUGAUCGUUUUCGACCACCGUCCGUCGCGGGCUGUUGGCCAUCCGUCGCGUCCUGCUCAAGCUCGCUCGCUCGCUCCUCUAAUGAGUCGGGGGAGGACGUCGCGAACCUGCGUCCGCUCUCUCAUCCCCGCGCGCGCUCCUCUCUCUGCCUCUCGGUGCGAUUCCCACAAGUGUGCGUCUCUCUCUCUCUCUCAAACGCCUCGGCCACUCCAAAGUGCCUAACAUCGUCACAUCGUGUCUCGUCUGCAGCGUUAAAAGGGUUGCACCCCUCCCCCUCCCCCAGUGCCAGCUGUACAUGUGCAGAACAAGGUGACUCGGUGCCGACCUGCAAGUGGACAUUAGUCUGCCAGUAGGGGGGCGAUUAUUGCUGUGCAUUGCUCCACCUGAGUAAUUGUCCAUAUUUGGCAAAAUUUGGAACAGUGACGCUGGCACAGAAUGGCCGACUCUUUUUUUCAGAAAACAUCGUGCGUAUGUUUAACUUCUUUCGCACCGUACGUAGCCAACCGUGCCAACGACGCGUACUCACGGUCAAUGCACAGUGCCGCGGUGUUAAGCAGGGUGGCCUGCCAGAUUCGAACCGCGAACCGUUGCCAUGAGCAUCGAAGGUGCUGGCGCUUGGGUUGAUCACGUGAUUGGCUUGCCCUAUAGUGGUAGAAUUUGUGUGAGAAAAAGUGUUACCCUUCCAUUAGCUAUGAGAGUGGAUCCCCAACUUUGAAUGCCCCAAGAACACCAUCAACCCUCAAAAUGUGGUGUUUUUUCGAACAAAACAAAAAAAAUCGUAUCUGCAAUGGUCCCUCGGACCUCUACCCACGGCCUUGUAUGUGUGCAUGUUGAACUUCGUUUGCACCAUACGUAGCAAACCGUGCUAAUGGGAUGUGCGGGGGAAGGACAACAAACUAAAAAGAAAGAGCAGUUCUAAAGAAAUGAUUUUUCAAUCUGGAUUUAAAUUGCAUAUCUCCCAGUGGCUCCCGAAUAUCGGAAGGAAGAGCGUUCUGGUAUUGGUUGUAAUUGGCUGUAAUUGGCCACGGUCAUUUACGUUAUGGCAAGCUUCGGGGCCACUUCCUGGAGUCGUGGAGUUCUUCCAUUACUAGUACGGUACAUUACUUACAGGGUGUGUGUGUGGUGGGGUAAGAAUGAUUUUCCCUUCAACGCCUUUUUCCGGAACGCAUCUCUUAACCAGCGCGUUAAACGAGGACUCCGCUGCCACUGGGUAUCCCAAAUCGCAAAGGUCGAGGAUGGCCACGAACCGCCACAAGAGGUCGCAAUCAAUCUGCUGAGUUGUAAGUAGCCAGGGGAUUCGUGCGUCUGGACAGGGGCCAGCAGCAGUAGCAGCUGUGGUAAGUUUUUAUAUCUGCGUAGCAGCAAGGCGGAGGGGAGAGUGUUGGGACUCCCACCCCUCGUAUAUAAAACACGACACAGACACGCACACACAGUCUCACGCACACACACACACCGUGAUUAUGUGCGUGGCACGCCUUCGUAAUAUUGGACCUUUGCUCAAUUUGCAAAUUACGAAGCAGCAAAAGGCCUCGAUUGUGUUGGCAAUCUGAAGCGCCAGCACCGCCACGAUCCGAGUGGUCGCCGCCGUCUCUCUCUGAGCGGUGUCGUUUUUGUUGGAGCGAUUCGUGGCGUGGGCGUGUGGGUGGCUGGAUCACCAAGAUGCAAGCCCUGUGGGUGCAGGUGACUCUGCUGCACCUCCUAGCAGUGACGGCUGCAGCGCAGCUGAUGUCGGAGCAACCGAACCUCGUGCGCGCGCAAGCCGAGGGCGGCAACUGCCGCUGCAAGUGCGUGGUGCGUCCGCUGGGACACGGCGCUUGCGAGCGCCUGCGCGCCGCCGCCGCCGCAGGAGGCAGCGGCCGCCCCGUCGACUCGUACGCCGUGGAGACGGUGACGGCGGGAGGCAGCGACUGCCGCUGCUCUUGCUCCGCGCCGCCCGCCUCGCUCAACCCCUGCGAGGCCGAGUGGAGGUUCGACCGCCUGAAGGCGCGCUCGCCUGACCUCGCCAAGCUGUCCUCCCUGUCGGAGAUCCUGGAGGGGGCUCUGUACAGCGUCGACCUGCUCAAGAUCCACUCGUUCGUGACGCGCCUCACGCAGCAGAUGACCAAGCUGGAGGAGGCCGUGAACGUGAACCUGACGCGGGAGAACGAGGUGAUCAAGGAGAGCAUCGGGCGCCUCAACGGGCAGAUGCACAAGUACGAGAACUACACGGACAUCAUCCUGGGCAUCAAGAAGGAGAUCUCGUCCAUCGGCCUGGCCCUGCUGCAGAAGGACUCGGCGAGCACCCAGGACGUCCGAGCCCAGGACACGGCAGGCCCGGCUAAGGCGGCCGAGGCCUCCAAGCCGGCGCACGGCAAGGCGGUGGCGGCGGCGGCAGCGGCCGCCUCCAAGAAGCAGGAGGCCGCGGCGAAGGUGGCGCGGGAGAAGGAGAAGCGGGGGAAGGAGACGACGGGGAAGACGGGGGUGCAGCCCCGGGCGGCACCACCCCGACCCCGUGCUGCCCCCGUGCCGGCUGGGAGAGCGGCCGUGCUGCGGGAGGUGAAGUACUACCGCACGGAGCGCGGGGACGAGCGGCACAGCGACGCGCGCCACCGCAACACUGUGCUGGCCGGAGGAGAGGGGCAACCGAGACACCACCACCACUACGUGGGAGCCUCUGCCGGGAGAGACGAAGCGGUGGCCGACAGUGCCGGACCAACCACCACCGCUGCCACCACCACCACAACCACCAGGGCCACCACCACUACCACCACUACGCAGAGCACAACAACCACGACCCGGCCCACCACAACCACCGAGCCUCCGCCUGAACCGACCACAGAAGCACCAUCCUCCGCGUGCUACGGCACGCUGUCCACCGUGGCGGCGCCCGUGCAGCACAACAGCUACGGGCGCAGCGAGGGCGCCUGGAUGAAGGACCCGCUGGCGAGCGACGGGCGCAUCUUCGUCACCAACUACUACUACGGGAACAGCAUCGUGGAGUUCCGCGGCCUCGACAGCUUCAAGGAGGGCCGCUGGAGCAACAUCUACAAGCUGCCCUACAACUGGAUCGGCACGGGCCACGUGAUCUACAACGGCUCGCUCUUCUACAACCGCGCCUUCUCGCGCCACAUCAUCAAGUACGACCUGCGCGCACGCCUCCUCGCCUCGUGGGCCCUGCUGCCUGACGCCGUCUACGAGGAGACGACGCCCUGGCGCUGGCGCGGCCACUCGGACAUCGACUUCGCGGCCGACGAGACGGGGCUCUGGGUCAUCUACCCCUCGGUGGACGACGAGACGACGCGGGAGGACGUCAUCGUGCUGAGCCGCCUGAACGCGAGCGACCUGUCGACGCAGCGCGAGACCACGUGGCGCACGAGCCUGCGCCGGGGCCACUACGGCAACUGCUUCAUGGUGUGCGGCGUCCUCUACGCCGUCGACGAGUACAACCGGCGCAACGCCACGGUGUUCUAUGCGUACGACACCCACACGAGCACGCAGGUGGCCAUCCGCAUCCCCUUCACCAACGAGUUCGGCUACACCACGCAGAUCGACUACAACCCCGGGGACAAAGUCAUCUACGCCUGGGACAACGGCCGCCAGGUCACCUACAACGUCACCUUCAUCUACUGAGCGUCGGGCGCUCACUCGCUCGCGUGGCUUUGGCCCCGUCCUGCGUGGACGCGGGGAGGGGUGAUGGACCGCUUCUUGUUCGCGAGGCUCUGGCCACGCAACGUUCGAUGGGAGCUCGAAAAGCCCAUCUUCGCCGCUACUCUUUCCCCAGCGAGAUCGAGGGUCCCGGCCAAUGGAAUUUGACUCUCACGCUCACUGUGGCGCGCGACCGUGGCCACCGGGAACGGAACCAUGGGACGUGUCAUGUAGACUCAAUGCCUGAUUCACCAAUAUGAAGGAGGGUGGCGUCAUCAUGACAGCAAUUAGACCACUCCGCUACUCCUAACACGGUCAUUUAGCUCAACCACCUCAAUGCUAAAUAAUUGUUGUUCCUCUACACCAACAUCAUCCACAUGAAGGAGAAGUCACAGUGGUGGAGCCAAUUGCUCCGGGGAAGCUCCGUUGCAAUGGACCCCAAAGCUCAUUUGGGGCCUCCACUGACCCAGAUUCAAGCCCUGGACUGCAUCGGUGCCCUUUCUGUCUCCAUUGCCACGCAGGGAGCAGUACACUCUGCUGCAGACGGCCUUGGACAUUGCUGAUGGGGCAGAAUAGAUGUGGGGCUGAAAACAGUGUUGUCGCUUUAGGUGCCCAGUGGCCCCUUAGCCAGCGCUGUCUGUGAGACCACUGCGAGACGUGUGUUGGUGUUGUGCCAAAGACACUCUGCAACCCAACUGCCAAUGCCAUCGUUUUACAGAUCGCGCACUGAGAUCCAGUGCGGGUUUUCUGCGUGACGUGCACGGGGUGCGAACCAACGGAAUUUCGUUUUUUUAUGUAAACAACGUAAUUAGUAUCGGCCAAAUAUCGCAAUGCUAAAAUGUAAAAACUUGCAAGUUGCAAUUGGGAUUACACGCAGUAUCAGCAGCAGCAGCAUCUCGCUCCCCUACUGCGGAAACUUGGGGGAGGACCCCGCCUGAGAAUGAGCUUUGAGACUCAGCGAGACUUUCCUGGGUAAUCAAGCAUAGUAGUAGUCGUAGUAAUAAUAAAUACGUGGCUGACCGGCUUGUGGAGCUGGUAGCCGUGACAGGGUGCCGAGUUGGUAACUGCCGAGAUCCUGGGUUCGGGCCCUGAGACUGGGUGGGCUCUUCGCUGAGGCUGAUGGCCAUGGUCAGGGAUCUGAGCCAUCGCCCCCCCCCUCCCCCUUCGAGUGCCUGGGUUUUUCAGGAGUCCCACUCGCCAUCGGGGGAAGGAAGCAGCGUGGCAGGGCGACAGGUUGGGUGGCGCAGUGAUAGCCUGGGUUCGAUUCACGACUCGGGAGUAUGUACGUUUUUCCCCUCUCCUGCACGCUUCAGCUUCCUCCCACGGCUAACAGAAAAACAUUCAACCUAACUGACAUUAGCCAAACAUCCCAACGCUGCAAUAUUACCGACAAAUUACCGAGGUGAGAUUACGAAUAGCAACAUCGGAUUGCAGCUGCCCAGCCCGGUUAGUGGUGGCAUCAACCUGGAGAGGCCUCUGUUCGGCAGUAGAUAGAGAAUAGCUGCUGCUGAUCCUGUGCUUUUGUUCAUUUUGUGUAAGCGAGUCGUGCUGUUUCGUGCAUCUUGCUCGUUCAGUUUUGUACCGUUUAGAACGAAGUGCAGCUGCGGAAUUGUGACCCAUCAUCGUUAUGCCUUCCGUGGGCCACGUUCGCCGGAUCUCUCUCAUAGGCAAUGCGGAAAACCUGGACUGGACUCUUCAUGUGCCCUGGAAUUCAAAGUUGGCCCAUUAUGCGGUGACUUUAGUGAAGUUGUGUUUUUUAAAGGUUCCCACAUUUUUAGGGUUAUGGUUUCUCAAGGGGGCAUCGGCUAUGUAUGCACGUAUGUUGAACUUUUUUUGCACCGCACGUAGCCAACCGUACUAAUCGGAGUUGUGGGGCAAGGACAACAAACGAAACACAAAAAUCAGAUAUAAAGAAAUGCAUUUUAAAUCUCGAUUUAAAAGUGCAUGGCUCCAGUGGCUUCCUAAUAUCGGAAGGACGAGCGUUCCAGACGGCCGUAGACGCGCAUACCGAAAGCGCCGAGCGAACGCGGUCAACCGUCUUUCUUUGAUGGUCAGUCCAAAGCCGCUACGAAAGCGUCGGAGCUCUGUUCGAUACGCACUGCCCUCGCUGGACUACUACAGAUCAUUCAGGGACGACAGCCAGGGCCGUCCAGAGGUGGGUGGCGGAGGUGGGUGGGGAAGUUAAAGCGGCGAUUUGACCCGGGUCACACGCAACAAGAGGUGACCCACCAACAUGCCCGUUUGUUUCGUCACGUGGCCUCCGGGAACCUCUGGGCGGCCCUGGGGGACAGACUAGGUGCUGUCAUUAUUGAUAUUUCAUUUGUUUAAUAUUCACCACUCUCGUUUGCCUUUUUCACAUCUCUGCUGUGCGGAAAUUUUUUGCUCGGACCCACAUUUAAGAGACGUUUCUCCAUGUGUCGAGUCUCUGCACGUACCUAUUUUAUUAGUUUUUUUUUACAUGUCGUGUUAAAACGUCGAAAAGAAAGCCUCGUGUGGAUUGUGCAAGUAUUGCGUACGUGAGUUUUAAAUACAUUUAUAGUGUUCCACACGUGGCUGGGAGGUCCGGUUUGUCAUCGAUCAAACUCGAUCCAUUACGUUGGCGACACAUGCAUAACAUCGUGUAAGUGAAAAUGUUUGUUGUUGUAAGGGUUAUGCAAAUCGUCAGUAACUUAUAUUGCAAAUGUAACAGGCUAAUGGGACACAAACAAAUUAGAAAACGAUACGGUAGAAAUAGAAGAAAUUUGACAUGAACGAAGCGCAAAGGAUUGUGGGAUUCCACGUCCGAUCGUAGCGGGGUGCGAGAGCGUUUGAGGUCAAGGGGGGCUGUGAUCGCAAAUACAUGUUUUUCGUCGCGGGGAUGACACCAGCGUGGCCACAGCUGAGGGCCCCCGUCUGGCCGCAGGGCAUGCUGUUAUGUACGUACGUAUGUACGUUGAACUUCUUUCGCACUGUACGUAGCCAACCAUGCUAAUCGGAGGUGCGGGGGUGUCGGCACGCAUGGAGGGUCGCUGCACGGUCAGGAGCAGUGCUUCACAACUUGUUUUGUAUGGCCCCCACCGCCCCACGUGGCCCCCUAGAUUACGAAGGCCGCAGUACACAGAUCGCGUGUCCACGUCUCUAGCCAGUGCGGCAUGCAUUUCACGUUUUGUAUUGUUGUGUAUUGUGUUAGUAGGGCAUGCGUUUGACAUUCUGUAUUGGUGUGUAUUGUGUUAGUAGGGCAUGCGUUUCACGUUCUGUAUUGGUGUGUGUUGUGUUAGUAGGGCAUGGGUUUCAUGUUGUGUAUUGGUUUGUAUUGUGUUAGUAGGGCAUGCGUUUCACGUUCUGUAUUGGUGUGUGUUGUGUUAGUAGGGCAUGGGUUUCACGUUCUGUAUUGGUGUGUAUUGUGUUAGUAGGGCAUGGGUUUCACGUUCUGUAUUGGUGUGUUUUGUGUUAGUAGGGCAUGGGUUUCACGUUCUGUAUAGGUGUGUAUUGUGUUAGUAGGGCAUGGGUUUCACGUUGUGUAUUGGUGUGUAUUGUGUUAGUAGGGCAUGGGUUUCACGUUCUGUAUUGGUGUGUAUUGUGUUAGUAGGGCAUGCGUGUCACGUUCUGUAUUGGUGUGUUUUGUGUUAGUAGGGCAUGGGUUUCACGUUCUGUAUAGGUGUGUAUUGUGUUAGUAGGGCAUGGGUUUCACGUUUUGUAUUGGUGUGUAUUGUGUUAGUAGGGCAUGGGUUUCACGUUCUGUGUUGGUGUGUAUUGUGUUAGUAGGGUAUGGGUUUCACGUUCUGUAUUGGUGUGUAUUGUGUUAGUAGGGCAUGCGAUUCACGUUCUGUAUUGGUGUGUAUUGUGUUAGUAGGGCAUGGGUUUCACGUUCUGUAUUGGUGUGUAUUGUGUUGAUAGGGCAUGCAUUUCACAUUCUGUAUUGGUGUGUAUUGUGUUAGUAGGGCAUGCAUUGCACGUUGUGUAUUGGUGUGUAUUGUGUUAGUAGGGCAUGGGUUUCACGUUCUGUAUUUGUGUGUAUUGUGUUAGUAGGGCAUGGGUUUGUCGUUGUGUAUUGGUGUGUAUUGUGUUAGUAGGACAUGCAUUUCACGUUCUGUAUUGGUGUGUAUUGUGUUAGUAGGGCAUGCGUUUCACGUUGUGUAUUGGUGUAUAUUGUGUUCAUAGGGCAUGUGUUUGACGUGUAUUAGUGUUUUUUAGUAAGGCAUGCAUUUGACGUUGCAUGUUAGUGUUUUUUUUGCAAGGAAUGCGUUUCACGUUGUGUAUUUGUGUGUUUCGUCACCGCAGCGCUGAACUGGCGUUCCCCACGCACGUUCAAAAUGUUUCCGGCACGGUAUCCAUGCCGCAACCCAGGGAGGGUCGCCCCACGGGUUGAGAAUCACUGCUUUAGAUAAAUAGUUGAUCAUGCAAUCCUGGCUCUGCGUUCAGACUCUGUCUGCACGUUGAGCUGUGUGUGUGGUUAACACGGGAAUCAAAUGAGCGGACAAGGUGAUUUUCUGGCACUGUGUGUGCGAUUAACCUCAUCUGCAUUUCCCUCUGGAUGCAAAUGUGCCCCAGUGACGCGUGACUCAGUGACACGUGACUCAGUGACGCGUGACACGUGACUCAGUGACGCGUGACCCAGUGACACGUGACUCAGUGACACAUGACACGUGACUCAGUGACGCGUGCCCCAGUGCCGUGUGACCAAGUGACACGUGACCCAGUGACGCAUGACACGUGACUCAGUGACGCGUGCCCCAGUGCGCGUGACCAAGUGACACGUGACCCAGUGACGCAUGACCCAGUGACAUGACUCUGCUGUAUUUUCAAGAGCACAGCCAUCACAAUGCUCACCAAAGUAACAUGUUACUUGUUGAACUUUCAUUGCACAAAAGCGCAACAAAGGGCUAUUCCUUCUAAACUCGCUUAUGCACCAUUAUGUCAGUAGUGUAGCAGGGCUAUACCACACUGAUGAUGUCUCAUAGACAAGGAGCUGCGUUCAUACGGCUGUGAUAAUCCUUUAUCAUCACUCAACAUAGGCUACCCGCUAGGCCACUAGCCUGUGCUUGUGUAUGUACGCAUGUUGUUAUGGAUAGUUCCCAUGAUGCUUUGUAGCUUGGCCAUCCGUUACCUAAGUGUACAUUAUAACGUUCUGAAAUAAAGGGAAUUCAGAUGUUUUUGUUGCUGUUCUAUCUCAGAUAAAAAAAAUACUAAUUUUCCUCUGCUGUAAGUUUUAUGUCAUUAAAUUUCU